AUGCCUUUGGCGCAGCGGGUGGCGCGUGUGCUGCCGCCAAAACAGACAACACCAUUACAGUUCAAGCGUCAGCUAGUAGGCCGGCGACGCACAGGGAGCUGCCGGACAUGGGCGAGCGCAACCACACCGCGCCGGGAGGAGGCGAAGCAGCCAUCGAUCUUUGCAGAGCUGUUUCCCGACGAAGCAUCUUCUUCACGAGAAAACAGAAUACCAGACAACGCGGAAGAGCAGGUCGAUGACAAAAGAGAACCACAAACUGACGGGAGCGCUAUCCCUGAGGACGUACGACAAUGGCUGGAGAACGAGAGCGAGGCUGCCGAAGGCGACGAGGACGGCAGGGAAGCAGAUGCCGCCCCGGGCACGAACACGUCUGCCCAAGGGAAGCCAAAGAAGCGAAAAACAAACCCAACAGUGCUUGUGCUAUCCGGAACGACUCCGUCCUUGCUUCCGAGCGACUUCUUCCGCAUAGCACCGAGGGCGGCACCAGCGUCGUCCGAGCAAAAUGCCGUCGGCAGCAGCCGCCGUCUCGUUGAUGGCUGGGCGGCCGGCAACGGCGGCAUCUACAAGAUUGUGCAGGACCGCGACCCGGCGACGCUCGCUCCACGUGGCCGCUACUUUCUCUACUUUGGCUCGUCUGCCGCGGCCCUGGCCUACUCACAGGAGGUGCGCGAGCUGCAUGUGCUGGCCCGCCGCGCCGUGCAGCAGCCGCAGCGAAACGCCGCCAGCGCCAAACGGCGCCAUAAGCGGAAACAGGAGGACCAGGUGGGCUUCGGCGGGGGAAGCAGCAUGGGUGGAGGCACCAGCGGCGGUGGCAAUGCGUACGCGUCACUGCCGGGCAGCAUCAGCAGCGGUGGCUCCGGCACGGGCAGCGACGCGUACUUGGCGACGAGCGCCACUCCAGAAGAGGUGGCGGCUCUGCGCAGUUUCUCGCUGCUGGCACCGACGGCGCAGCUCGAUCUCGUGAUGCAGAUGCCGGCAGGUAGCAGCGUCGGUCCCAACGCGACGUCGGCCAUUACGCUCUACGACGAGGAAGAGCUGGACGACGUGGCCACCACGACGGCCACGACAAAGGUGCUCGUGGUGCUCGAGGGCACAAGCUCUAGUGGCGGUGGAGGCGCUGGCCGACAGCACCGUGAUGACGAUGACGGUUGGCAGGAAAGCGUCGCUGCUGGCUCGAGCAGCGGCCACGGCGUCACAACAGUCGACGGCCUGCGCGCCCUCAUUGAGGCGGAUGGCGUGCGCCGGAACCUGCCGUGGGCGGUCUCCGACGGCCUCAAUGGCGUGGUGCCCGUCCAGUGGCUGGUGGCCGAGCAGAAGCGGCUGCUACACGAAGCUGUCAAGGCAACCAAUGCCCGGGCGGCGGCCAAGAGGCGGCGCAAAAAGGCCGAGGCCGAGGCCGAGGUACAGGCAAAACAGAACCCGGGACCACAGCACCCGCCGGUCGCGCUUUGGGCUUCGCGCGUACCCGACCUGGUCACCAAGACGCACCAGAUGAACGAGAAUGCGCGCUUCUCGCGGUUUGUGGUGGCGUUUGCAGACUCUGUCGAAGCCCGGCGGUUCGUGCGCAACUGGCACCGACGGGCUGUUUCCGUGCCAGGCACAGGGGGCGCUGCAGCAUACGAGCAGACGGCCAUCGUGGAUACGACUGUGCUGUGGUGA